GGCGACGCGCGCACAGCGACCUCUUGCGUGCGCCGCUAUUGCCCCAUCGAGUUUACGUGCCGCGAUCACGCUGCGGACUUUGCCGCUUCACACUGCCAUUCAAUUCUUAUCUUAAUAUCGUUCGUAAAGCCUCACCUUCAGUCAAACACGUCGGGUUUUCUCAUCAAAAACACAUUGUCUUAAUAAUACGUUCAGAAAAACCAUCGAUCUGUUAAAAUAAGUUAAAACAACUGAAACAAACCCUUGAUCGAUCGACUGCAUUAAAAAGCUAAAACCAUUAUUACCGUUUUGCAGUCGAAUUUUGCAGAUUUUGUUGCACGGAGACAAGCUUUCGGUUUUCUUAUUUUACAUGUUAUUUAAGUGGAUCUAAAUCAACAACAGUCGCGAUUUAUCGUCAGUGCUGUGCCUUCGAGUGCUUAGUUGAGUGAACAGUGCUUCACACCAUAAGAGCGAGAGCCAACGAGUUUGAAGUGUAAGCGGAAGUAAUAGUCGCAUCUAUGCAAAACACGGCGAUCGCGCUUCUCGAGUCGGCGUCAGCUUUCGAGAAAGCUGUGCUGGAAUGUGAGCAUUUGGAAGCGUCGGAGCACGGUGGGUUUCGGUGAGGACGUUGGUGCGGCAGCGGCAUGGAGGAGCGCGGUCCCCCUGACGUGCCGUUGAUCGUGACCCCGCCGUGCGCCGGCGCUGGCGGUGCCGCGCUCACCACCUCACGUCGCGUCGCAUCCGCGCGCGGGUCCCGCGAUGAUCCGCCGCCCUCCACCUGGCGCUCCUCAGUGCGUGUGCGCGACACCGGUUUCCGUGGCUCCCGCAAGAGCGUUGUACGCUUAGAACCACCAUGUAAUGGUCUCAACGGACUACCAGCCAUCGGCAAGGAGGUACUCUCACUGGGAGCGACGGGUGGGCAUAAAGGCACAACGCAGCCAUCUCAUCCAUGCACUAUCCUCCACCAUUCUCCUUAUAAGGCCGCUUGGGAUUGGUUGAUACUAAUAUUGGUUAUCUACACGGCAAUAUUUACUCCCUACGUAGCUGCCUUUCAACUAAAUGAACCCGAUUUCGACAAGCGUUCUCGAAGCUUCGGCGAAGAUCCCAUUGUAGUUAUAGAUAUGAUAGUCGACGUGACAUUUAUAAUAGACAUCUUAAUAAACUUUCGAACAACAUAUGUGAACGCUGCUGACGAAGUGGAAUCCGAUCCUGCGAAAAUUGCCAUGCACUAUCUUCGUGGCUGGUUCGUCAUAGACCUCGUAGCUGCUAUUCCCUUCGAUCUUCUGCUGUUCGGCACCGACACCGAUGAAACGACAACUCUCAUCGGUUUACUGAAAACAGCGCGCUUGUUGCGACUAGUUAGAGUCGCUCGAAAAAUUGACAGAUACUCGGAAUAUGGCACCGCUGUCCUUCUAUUGCUCAUGGCUACGUUUGUUCUCAUCGCACAUUGGCUGGCGUGUUUAUGGUAUGCUAUCGGGAGUUGGGAGCGACCGCAGCUACACGCUCCUAUAGGUUGGUUAGAUGCACUCGCUAACGAUGUGCAAGCUUCCUAUGACAAUUCAACCGGCCCCUCUAUGAGAUCUCGUUAUAUCACCGCUUUAUAUUUCACGUGCACUUCCUUGACGAGCGUCGGUUUUGGAAAUGUAGCUCCUAACACAGACAUGGAAAAAGGUUUCACGAUAUUCGUAAUGCUCGUUGGCUCACUUAUGUACGCGAGUAUUUUUGGAAAUGUUUCUGCGAUUAUACAAAGACUGUAUUCUGGAACAGCACGAUACCAUACACAAAUACUUAGAGUACGAGAAUUUAUCAGAUUUCAUCAGAUAACCAACCCCCUAAGACAACGCCUAGAAGAAUAUUUCCAACACGCGUGGAGCUAUACAAAUGGCAUCGAUACAUCGAGCGUCCUGAAAGGAUUCCCCGAGUGCCUCCAAGCUGAUAUCUGCCUCCACUUGAAUCGUAAUUUACUUGCCAGCUGUUCAGCCUUUGAAGGCGCCAGUCCUGGAUGCUUAAGAGCCCUCUCCCUAAGAUUCAAGACAACUCACGCUCCACCCGGUGAAACCCUAGUUCAUAGAGGAGACGUUCUGACCUCCCUAUACUUUAUUUCGCGAGGAUCCAUUGAAAUACUCAAAGAUGACAUAGUCAUGGCCAUUCUCGGGAAAGAUGACAUUUUCGGCGAGAACCCGUGCAUUCAUGGAACAGUCGGUCGUAGUAACUGCCGCGUGCGCGCUCUCACGUAUUGCGAUUUGCAUAGAGUUCAUAGAGACGACCUGCUAGACGUACUGGACUUCUAUCCUGAAUUCCGCAACUCCUUCGUUAAUAACUUGGAGAUAACUUACAACAUGCGUGACGAGGAGUUAGGUGGUAUAGAGCCGCGACGCCGGAUGCGCUACGAGAAUCCUUGCGACGCGCGUCUCCUGCGCGAAGCGUACGCGCGGACAACACGCCGUCCCCACACCGAGAACUUCGCUGAAAAAAUGGACUCCCAGUGCAGCGAUGAUGAGACCGAAUCACCCGCCAGUCGCGGAAUCCUCGAGUUUUCUGCGGACAAAGCCGGUCAAGAUGUGACCCCGCUCAAUUUCAACUUCAGUAAACAACGUUCCACUACACUUAAUUCCAUAACAGGCAUGCUAGCGCAACUUAAACGGAGCUUCCCAGACCUCUACCAUCAUAAAACACAUCAGCCGCUACACAACAAAUAUUCUCAAUCAACUCCUCAGACGUACCGAGGCCGGGCUGGUGUUAGGCGGCAGUCGUCAGUGGGUCCUUUAAAUGACACUUCCCCACUGACAGGCGGAGCGGCGGCCGGCGAGGCGGCGGUCAGCACGCCUGCACACAGCGCGACAUUACCAGUCUCUAGUCUCAGCACUAAUCCUAGCUCGUAUUAUACCAACGCCUCGCCUAGCCCUCCGGCAGUCCCAGCGCCACAACAUCAUUCCUGCGACGAUAUCUUAGCGACGCCAGCGGUGCCUUCUGCAAUUCGAACGCCAUCUUCUCGUUCUGCACCUCAUUCUGCUGUAAAUCUCCACCAAACAGGUCGUCCCGCCGCACUCUCUAUCUCUACUGAGAGAACACAAAAUGCAGGACAGGACAGUACAUCACCUCAAUACCAAAAUGUCGGGACAGCUGCUACAGCUGCCUCGGUGGCGACAGUUUUAACGAGAUUGGAAGAACUAAGCAGGCGCGUCGCUGUACUCGAAACCGGUCUCACAGCAGACGUGCGACGUAUACUACAGUUGCUACAAACCCGAGAUUGUCCGCCUCAUCAUAACGCACAACCAGCACAGACGCGUUCCCAAGUUUUGCCAAAAACUUCGCUCUCGGUACCCCAAACAAAUGAGUGGGAAUGGAACUGGAACUGUGAUCGCGAUCGUGAACGGGGUGACCGAUAUGUUCGAGCCGAGCGGGCGGAGCGAACUCCGGGAGUUCAGAGAUCGGCAUCGGAGCCGCACGCACCGGUGCCGCCGGCACUGCCUCCGCCCCCGCACUCGCACUCGUUCUACAGGUAGUGUGAGGCGGGCGAGACGAGCGCUCCCCGCUGCCGGCCCUCGGCGCGCUCGCUCGCAGAGUCGGCCUCGUGCGGCUCGCUGGUGGAGACCGCACCGGCUCCGCCUGCGCGCUUUCACUUCUGCCGGCGUAUCACGCAAUCCAGGUUCAACGACGCCAGAACUUUCCUGUGAAGCGACCACGAUCCGAUACAUGGACCAAUUUUGUAUUCCCAUUAACGCCUAAACUAACACGUCCUCGCGAUCUCGCGCAAAGGUGGUCUUUCCACCUGAUAAGAGUCCAUUUGUAUUAUAUUUUAAAAGACAAGAACGACUGCCUUUAGUAAAUUUUAAUACUAAAAUUACCUGACGAACGGAACUCCUUCGAAUUCGUCAGUGGAUAAUCUCGAAAUUUAUAAAGCUAGCAAGCACAACGUAAGAAUGUUUAGAAAUUGGAAGUAAGAGAUGGUUAAUUGGGUGCUUUAAUUUUAUGUAAUUUACAGAUUUUAAGAAGAGUCAUUUUUUUUUAUAUCUAACAAUUUAACGUUUCCUCAAUAGCACUAUCUGACGGUAUUGACUCUUACCUUAUGUUAUUUAUGGGAUUCCAUGUAAUUACAAGGAACCUUUGAAAUAACAUGACUCUGUGCAUUGAACACGAUUAAACGAUAAUUUAAUGGUGUAUUAUGGUUUUGCUUGUACCACAAUAUAAUCUAUGUGUAAGUUUCAGGUUAACCGAAAGAGGCUUAAAAGACUGACAGACUACGUAAAUACCAUGAACUGUAUUUCCAAAAGAAAGUACUUCACCUAUGAAUGCUUUCUACCCGUCCUUGCUCCUUGCCUUUACAAUUUUAGCUAGUUAAUAUCUAAAACUGUGCUAGACUAAUUCACGAGACACGAUUUGUCAAUAAUUGUAAUAUAUAACGCGAGUUUCAACAACUGUCUCAUGUUAAUUAAUUUCAUACAUUCCUUUGAGUAUAAUAAAUAUCUUCGUAUUUUUAUUUAUGUAGGUUUUAUUAAAAUUGUGGCUCAAAAAGUUGAAGUUACGUUUUAAUGUGUAACGUAGUUAUGGAUUAAGAAUUAUCGCCAACAUAAAUAUCAUUAGAAGCAAUAAUAAAAUCCACAAUAAAUUAAGGGUAAAUAUAAAUCGUAUCCUAUAAUUAUUCACGUAAGGACUACGAACACCUGUAGUGAGUUGUAUUAAAUAAUAUAUUCAGAUAGUGCUAUACAAAUAGGUAUCAUUUAUUAGUUCUCUGCCAGCAUGUCGGAAUUUCAUUAUUUUAAUAAGAUUCAUUAGAUUCACCUUCAAGUACUACUAAUUAAUACUAUCACUAUUCAAACAAAACGCCUGCCAAAUAACAAUGUAUUCUAAAAUGAACCUGUUUCUUGUGUUCUUUUGUCUUAUGUUGUAACUUUAUUCAUAUUAUCGCAUCACAUUUUCACAAAACAAAAAACUUUGUCACCUAUUAAUGUGUAGGUAUGUACAUACAAUACAAAUGAUUGGCAUUAAACUUAUGUUAUAUGUUUGAUGUUGUUGGGACUGGGAUAAGAAUAAGUUAGUUGACUCACUCGAACCUCCUUUACGCACUUUCGAUUUCUCACAUUCUCGAGAAUUUUCUAUGCAUAUUGAUGAACAAUAUUCAGAAAUAGCACCGGCGCGGCGCCGUGUUUUUAUUUUUUACCGCCAUUUUUGCGCUCGUUGUUUCUCUUGAAACGUCCAUAGAUGGCGUGGACAAAGGAUUGGAAAAGGAAUUAGGAAAAGAAGUCCCAACAAUUAGCAAAAGACAAAUAAGCUUUAACACAUAUUACGUACAUUUCCAUUUAUGAUAGUUUUUUUUAGGAAAUUAGUUGAAUAGUUAGAAAUGUACUUCCAGUUUUGUUUAUAUCGUCUACAUUUAUUAUAUGUAGUAGAAAUGGCGAAAACAUACGAAUUAUAUCCGUAUCAUUGACAAAAGCGACUGCUUCAUCUUCGAGAGCAAAAAAAGUAAAAAACUGUAAAUAUUAUGGAAUACAUAUUAAUUAUAUUCUAGUGGGUUUGUAAAUUCGUCAAUUCCUAAUUCACUUACUUUCAAUACAGUUACUUUUCAAUCAAAUUCGAUUUAGAGGCAUUGUUAUAGCUUUUGUAGAUUUGAGAAAUGCUAUCGCUAUUUGAGAUUAGUACCUAUCUACCUAUACUCUUGUAUUCGAACUAUGAACGCAGUAGUACCUCAGACCAAAAGAAUACGAUCUACUUUUUUGAUCUGAGAUUUCUAUUUAAUACUUAAAUUAGAUGUUAAAUACAGAUCAAUGUUAGUCAGCUUGGAGCGUUUAUCACAUUAGUCAGUCCAGAAAAGUAAGUUCUAUAUUUAAUCAGCAUCCCCCUCUAUAAAAACAAAUCACUUCAAAUCUCAUAAAAUAGUUGACAUAAAGUAGUUACAUUCCAUUAUCAGUUUAGAGAGGUUUCAUGUAACUGCAAGGGAGAACACCGUUUGUCUUUAUCGCAUAGAAUAUAUUAAUAAUAUUAAAUUCCAUACUAAGAGCUUAAAAAACACUUUUACAUACAAGCAAUUAUAAUUUUGGAAAUAUUGCAAGCUUUAUUUCUGACUGACAGAACUGGUUACGUCUAUAUUACACGGUUCGCAAACAAAACAUCAAAAACCAAUUAAAUUAUUUUCUGGUUAAUGUUACUAUUCUUAAAAAUGCGAAGUUUUAGCGCUUAAGCACAGGGUGUAUUCGUUCAUAAGUCAUAAACUUACAUUUAAUGAGGUAUGAAGUAAAAUUUAAAUAACUGCUUACAAUCGAUAUUUUACUGUAGAUCGUAAUUGUUUAAACUCAAAAUAUCCGUAGAAUAGGAUGUUUCUGAAUGUUUGGGAAAUUGUCCUUUAACUGUCACUAAUAACAGCACUAUUCUAAUUACUAUUUUCAAGAAGUAUUUCACACUUAGAUGAAUACUUCCCUAAAGAAUCCUUUAAACAAGUUAUCAAGUUGCACAGUUUUUAUCGCUAGUGUGCUGAUAGAAUAAAUUAUAAUAUUACUUCGUUGACAUUGGUAAGAUUUAACAUUAAGUAGUACUAAGUACAUACUUAAGGAAUAAAUUCUUAGGUACUAAGGUACUCUAAAGGUACUUUGGAAUAAAUUCUUAUGACAGAUGAUCCGAAAUGAGCGAUGAGCAGGCCUAAAAGCGCAAGUUAAUGGAAUAGAAGCUUAAUAGCAAACAUCUUACUGACAGUUGUCUCUAUCGUUUAUUUAUUUCUUCUCAGAUUUCUAAUAAAAGAAAAAACUUAGAAAAAGAUUUCCAACAAUACAAUGAAUUGAAAAACGCAAUCACUACGAAUAUCUGCUGAGAAAAUAUUACUCUAAGUCUCACAACACUCUUCUAACUUUUACGGAACGCUAUAAUUUUCAUUUUAAAUUUUGUACUUUAAGGUAAUUUUAUGAAAAUAUUUUUCUCUGUACGAGUGUUUUCGUCUCUAUUGAUUGAUCUGCAAAUGCUUCUGUUAAAGACUUCAAAAAGGUGCUUAAACCGAAUGCCUGCUAAAAUAUGUGUAUGUUUGAAGAAAAGUCGAAAAAAAAUCCCAAAGCAAGGGAAAUCCCAACAUCACGAUUUCCAUAAAACAUCGUUCUAAAAAUCUUUACUAGAUUAUAAGUGUAGCUUGGUAAGGAGACAAAUUGCGAAAAUUCUCGCUAGUUUCGCAAAUCGUUGCCUUGAAUUGAACUAACAGAGAACUGGUUGUCUCAGCUUCGAAUAAUGAACACAAUUAAAUAAGUAUAAUAUUAUAGUAAGUUAAGAAUUUUAUAUUUUAACAUCAGCGCAAAGUUAUCGCGUGCAUUGUAUUUUGUAAUUUUGUCUGUGAUCAAAGUCUUAUAUUGUUAAGCUGAAAAUUAAGCGCACGAUUGUUUUGUAAUGCUAAAAUUUUUCAUACGGUGACGUUACGUUCAAUGCUCCAUUUUAAAUUUAAUUGAUGAGUUUCGACAAAAAUAAUUUCAAAAUGAUUUUGCUCUAAUACGUUCUGGCAGCCUCAAAAAUCUAGGUUAACGAGUUAGAAACUCGUGUUUCAAAAAUUUUUGGAAUGAAAUUCACACACAUGCUCGCAACUUAAAGCGGACUCAUUAAAUUUCUUGCCUCAUCGGAAAUAUUAUCAUGUUAGAAUUGAGAACGAGCCUGGACUCGGCUAAUAGGUACUAGCCGAUUUGGCCCAAUUCCACUAUUUCUCACAUAUUGCAGAUUCAGACACUCUGUAAUAAUUCCUUGAAUGCAAUGUCUAUUUUUCUUAAAUUUAUGUAUUUAUGGCGAUUAACUCUUCGCAGAACUGUUUUUUGUUGUUAAAAAACAUUCAUUGUUACCUAAUUUCCACAUUAUUUGAAAAAAGUAAACAUAUAAAAAUCCGACACAAACUGAAGAGUUACAAAAACCUUCUUCCACAUUUAGCUUUCUUUGGAUUGUUAUCAGAUUUUGAGCUACGGGUUUGUUUAAAAUGAGCCUAUAAUUCAUCAAGGAAUUUGUUUAAAGUCAAUUACAAAAUACUUUUCGAACAACAUUAAAGGAAGAGUGUUAAGAUUUUUUUAUAAAUAUGUCAUACGUAUGCUCAUCGCAUUAGUACACAUAAGGAUUGAUCAUAACAUGUCACGCGCAUUCGCAUCGGCACCCUUUAGAAUCUACGAUAAUGGCAGAUAAACGCCGACUUUCAAAAUUUUAUUCAAGUGUCUAAAACGAUCUGUUCAAUAUUACCACAAAUUUUAAUUAUCCGCUAAAUGUGUGAAUAAUUUGGAGCUUCAAAUUAAACUUUAAAGUUUUAAAUUAUCGUUACUGAAAAAUAAAUUGUCAACAUUUUACAAAAUUGUAAAUUUUGAUUUGUUAUUGCAGGUAUUUGUAUUGUACUAUGCCUAGAAAAAUCUGUUAUGUUAUGCAUGUUGCGUGUUGGCGAUUAUUUUAUACUGGAUACCUGCUGUUCGUAUAUUGCAUGGUUUAGUGUAACUUCAUUUUCAGAAGCAUUGUAUCUACUUCAAAAUUAAAAAAAAGCAAAGACUUUUAAACAGUUUGAUAAUUUUGUCAGGGUUCCUAUAUUUAUUAUUGAGUUCUUAAAUUCGGCUGUACGUAUUAAUUUUUUUUUAUUAUUAAGCUAUGGAUAUAAAACUAUUAACAUGCAUUCAUUUUGAUGGAAUGGAUGGGUUGAUAUGGAAGUUUUAAAAUGUUUCAAUACUAUAAAACUGCAUUAAAUUGUUUAUCGAAAAUCAAUACAAGUUUUUUUUUAUAAAAAUGCCUUCGGAUUUCGGCGUCACUUUCAGAAUAAUUUAAUAAUAUUGAAAGCUGAAAGCUGAAGUUAUUUGAAAGAAAUGAAACCUGUUUAAACAUCGAAAUAUGUUGUAUACAUUAUUAGUGUGAACAUUUCAAAUAUGACGUUACUAUAUUUUGUUUUAUUUUCCUAAUAUUAUUGCAUUUUAUUUGCAACUGGAAUAGAUUUUAUACGUGAUAAUAUUACUACUUACUAUAAUAAAUCGGUAGAAACAUAGCUAUGUUCUAAAGACCAUAAUAAUAUAUGGUCUAAUGACGAAAGCGCAGUUUAAAAAUUCAAUUCCUGUUUUCUGAAAUCGUUACAAUAUUAUUAUUAUUUACAUUAAACAUAUCGUCUAUAUGACUUGCAUAGUUAUUAAGCACUGAUUAGAAAAUUAAUGUUCUGGACAAACGAAAAGCCACAAAUUUUUGCUUUAGAUUAAUAAUUUUAUACAUUGUAUUGUACAUUGGUUCAUUAUUGUUAUAUUUAUUGUGUAGUUGUCCAUGUAAAUUAUUACCGUAUGCAUAAUCCUAAGUAUAUUUGGAUCGUUAUGCAAAACGCACUUAUCACAUAGUAAAACGUUUGGACGCAUUAAUAAUAACGCGCUAAAUUGUCAUGGAAAAUGUUCAGUGAAAUAAAUAUCACGCACAUGCGAAAA